AUGUCUGCUGAAACCGCCGCUGCCAAUACUGUUACCGCUCCAGUCCCAGAAGUACAAGAACAGGAGAGUGCCAAGAGCAAACAAGUCAACUUGACACCGGCACCUUUGCCCACUUCCUCCCCAUGGAAGCUUUCCCCAGCCGAUGUCCCUGUUUCCUCGAUUUCCAUAGAAGACUUGGAUGCGACAAGAAAGAAGAAGAACAGGACACCUACUCCAAAGUCAUCUACUGCCACCAAGUGGGUUCCAAUCAAGGCCUCCAUUACUGUUUCUGGUACUAAGAGAUCCGGUUCUAAGAACGGUGGUAAUAACGGCAGCAACAACAACAAAAGCAAAAACAAUAAGAAUGCAUCAUCGUCGACAUCGUCGAGCACCGCCAACAGGAAAAAGAAGCAUCACCAACACAAUGUUAAGAAGCAACAACAGCAACAGGUGAAAAAUGAUGGCUCCGAACCCGCCACUGAAGAAGAGUCAAAGGACACUGCCCCUCAAGAAAAUGACCAAUCUACACAACAGCAACAGCCACCUCACCACCGUAGUCACCACCAUAGCCAUCACCACAAUAGCAACGGGCCUCAAAGAAGAAAGUUUCAUAACAGUAGUAACACCGGUAUGCCUCAGAACCAAGGGUUCCCUCCACAGUUCAAGCCUUACCAAGGCCACAACCCCCGCCCUACCAACAACAACCGUUCAAAGUACCACAACCACUUCCAUCACAACCAACACCACUCUCAACAACCUAUGGUGAAAUUACAACAACAGUUUUAUCCAGUCCAACCGGUUCUAAUGGCCAUCAACAACAUUGCUAGACAAAUCGAAUACUACUUCAGUGAAGAAAACUUGACCGUCGAUAACUAUUUAAGAUCUAAGCUAUCAAAGGAUGGGUUUGCUCCGUUGUCUUUGAUCUCUAAAUUUUAUAGAGUUGUCAAUAUGUCCUUCGGCGGUGACGCUAACUUGGUCUUAGCUGCAUUGAGAGAAAUCGUCGCUAACGAAUCUGCAACCGUCAAUGUUGCCGAAGGUUCUUUGGUCACCAAGGAAACUGACACUGUCGCUGAAACUGAGGAAGUGGAAGAACCAUCUCCUUUAGACAAAUAUUUCGUUCGCUCCAAGAAUUGGUCAAACUGGUUGCCAGAAACUGUUGAAACUGAAGUCAACAUUGAAAAAGAGCUAGUCGGCGACGCUUUAGACGAGUUCAUGAUAUCUUUGCCAACUGCCCCUCAACAAGAAGAGGAACCAAUCACUGAAUCCGUUCCUCAAGAACAAGAAACCAACGAGGAACCGGUCCCAGCUGCCGCCAGUGAACCUGAAUCCUCUUUAUAG